CGUCUGCAGUUUAAAGACACGGUUUGGAAUCAUCUCAACAACCCAAAAUCACAUAUAAAUACCCAUCCUUUCUUCAUCUUCUUCCUCACAGACUCACUCACUCAUCUCAAAUCAAGUCAUAACAGAAAUCUACUUAAUCCUUCAUCAGUUAAGAGAAGAAUCAUGGGUGUCACCACUUUCUGUGAUGAAUACACAUCCCCAAUUGCGCCAUUGAGGAUCUUCAAGGCCUCGAUCGUUGAUUCUCACAACUUGAUCCCGAAGCUCCUGCCGCAGGCCAUCAAAAGCAUUGAGAUCACACAAGGCGAUGGAGGUGCCGGGAGCAUCAAGCAAAUCAACUUUGCUGAAGGUUCAGUUUUCAAAUGUGUGAAAUACCGCGUGGACGAACUGGAUGAGAAGACACUAACUUAUUGCUACACAUUGGUGGAAGGCGAUGCUUUGGCAGAGAAGCUGGAGAAGAUAACCUACGAGGUUAAGUUUGAGGAGUCGGGCGAUGGAGGCUCGAUUUCCAAGGUUACGAGCAAGUACUACACUGCAGGGGACUUCACUCUGAAGGAGGAGGAAGUCAAGGCAGGCAAAGAGAGGGUGUUGGGAAUGUACAAAGCUGUUGAAGCUUUCCUCAUUCAGAACCCAGAUGCCUAUGUUUGAUUCAAUGUCAUAUGCUCUCUCUCUCCCCCUCUCUGUGCCUUCUUUUUCUUCAUUGCAGAUUUGGUGUUCCUGUUCAACUUUUUGAGGGGUAA